AUGGCUCGAAGGGGCACUGCUAAGAAGCUACGGGAUGAGUCCGCAUCCCCUUAUUCACCGUCAGCGUCGCUCGUCCUGUCCACGUCAGCGCUCCUACUAAGCAUAGUAACUGGAGCGUGGGUGCUGCCAAGUCAGCUCUGGGGAGUGGAUUUGACGAGUGAGCCGCUGACGUGCAUCAAGUCCAGUUGUGCUCUAUUUUUACCAGCAGCACUGAUGCUCUUCUCUUUCCCUCCCUUCAGCCCCUCCCUAUCUGUCCAACAUUCGCAGUCACCACGCAGAGGCAUACAGCCUCGAGGUCAACUCAUGCGCCGCCUUGUUCACAUCGCCACCGCCAUCGCGCUGACAUGCCUUGGUGCUUUCGCUGCAGCACUCGCAGCCACUGCCUUUGGUGCUCCCACCACCUUCCAGUCCGUUCCUGUCACACUCCACUGGUCCUUCCUUCUCUCUCUGCUCACAGUGCUGCCCUCCGCGCUCCUCUUUGGCUCCCACUCACACCUCUGGCGAUCCGUGCUGCUGCAAUUCAGCCCAGCGUCACUGCCAGAGGCGUGUGUGGUGACGUCAGCCCAUGGGGCGGUGGUGGGGGCAUGGGUGGGGGCAUGGCCCAUGCCCCUGGACUGGGAAAAGCCGUGGCAGGCAUGGCCUAUCAGCAGCACCUACGGCAUGUUGUCGGGCUUCUUGAUUGGUCUGCUUCUGCCCCUCAUUGCCACGUGGCUGCUUCCACCAAUCAUUGUAUCGCAAUUGCUACAACGCAAACAGCACAGUGCAUAG